GGAUGGGCAGAUUCUGUUCGGGCGGUUAAACAGGGCCCUGUUUAACCACCCGAUCUGUCGCCAUUUCCCUACAACGUAUUAAAAACAGAAUGUGUCAUCGGAGAUUGUACAAACGAUCCCUCAAAUAAACACGAUUUUGCGUUAUUGUUGUGGGAGGAAUUUUUUGAGGAAUUGUAAGGGAUGACGAUGGAGGAGAAACUGGAGAAUAUUAAUCCCAAAUUGUAUGGGAAAAGUGGGGAGAGACUGGUGACUGUUGAUGAUGAGAAUGAGGAGGUGGCUGAUGAGUUCGAUGCAAGAGAGAUUUUCGAUUUGAUUAAGGAUAUCAAUGAUCCUGAGCAUCCACUGACUUUGGAGGAGCUGCAUGUCGUUGAGGAGAACCUCAUUGAGGUGGAUAAUAAGAAAAAUUUCGUAAACGUGAAAUUCACGCCGACAAUUCCCCACUGCAGCAUGGUAACCCUGAUCGGUCUCUCCAUAAGGGUCCAGUUACUCCGAGCCCUUCCCUCUCGAUUCAAAGUAAACGUGGAAGUAAAUCCUGGAACCCACAGCUCCGAGGCAGCAGUCAACAAACAAUUAGCGGAUAAGGAACGAGUUGCGGCAGCCCUUGAGAAUAAUCACCUCGUGGGUGUGAUUAAUCAGUGCGUGAGUGUCAAGAAUUAAUUAAGAAACUGUGUUUAUUUGUAGAUAAAAAAAAUAAAUACAGAUGAAAAUGAACGUUAA